AUGGCCCUGUUCCCCGACCGCCCCGACGCGGACCGCCUCUUCACCCCGCCCAACGUCGUCUCGGCCUCGGAGCACUCCCAGAUCGCCGCCCUGCUGCCCUCCUUCCUCGCCGCCCUGAGGGCCCUCGACAUCGACCCGGCCCCGCUGCGCGCGCGCCUCGCCAAGCCCCUGCGGCCCUUUUGGGUGACGCAGGAGACGCAGCUCGCGCCCGUCGCCGGCGCCGUCUUUGACGACCACCACCCCGUCGUCUGCUGCACCUCGUCGCGCCGCGUCGCCGGCGCUGAGAUGAGCGAGGCCGGCUACAUCCAGGGCGCCGGCGACGACACGGAGAACUGGGCCCUCGGGCUAACGGCCGACGUCUUUUGGGAGAAUGCCGCCGCCCUGCUCUCGGCGCCCGACGCCGAUCUCCCGGACCUCGUCGCGGGCCUCGUCGCGGACAAGAAGCAGAACGCCCCGCGCGGCGUGCCACCGAAGCAGGUGGCGCCGCGGAUCCUCGUGUGCCCGCUGCCCCUGGACGACGAUGACGCGACGGCCGGGUGCCGAGUCGCGCUCACGCAGGACGUCACGCCACGGGAGUCGUGGGUCAAGUCCCCGAGCCGCAUGGAGGUCGGCCUGGGGAAGCACAAGGUCGCGAGCCGCAACCUCCGCCAGGCGCUGCCGGAUAUUUGUGCCUUCGUCUCCGGCUACUUCGACGCGCACCGCGAUGCCCACGGGCCGGAGGGCAGCGUGGUCUUCGCCUGCGAGACGGGCAAGGACCUGUCCAUCGGCGCCGCGCUGGCCGUCUACUGCUGGUGCUUCGACCGGGACGGCACGUACCGCGUGGCGGACUCUACGACGUUCUUCAACAAGGACAUGAUCCGGGUCAAGCUCGGCACCAUCAUGACGGCCUUCCCCGAGGCCAACGCCAACAGGGCGACGCUGCAGAGCGUGAACAGCUUUCUCAUGGACCACCGGAGGUGA